AUGGGAAGGAUCCGCUGCUUUCUUGAGCGUCGAAGGGAGGAACUAGCGAUGUUCUAUUCCAUCAUGGCUGAACAUGGAACGCUGUGGCAGCUGAAACGGGAGUUCGUAUGGGGCUUCUUGGUGAAAGAGAGUACGAGCUGCACCAUGUUACGGAACCGCCUAGGAGACAUCUGCAACUUUACUUCUCUAAAUGACGGUUUCCCGUGGUACUGUGAAAAGCCGAAGAAUUCACUCUUUAACUGCGACACCUACAGUAAGGCCUGGUCUCCGAAUAAAGCAUAUCUUCCGAAGGAAACACAGCAACGUGACAUAUACUAUUUAUCAUCUAAACCGGACAAUGAUUUCCUUCUCUCCACCUUACAAAUUACAAGCGAAAUGGAAACUGGGAAUAGGAAGAUGGACACUCCUAAAACGCCCUGCGGUCAACUAUCGCCGAAGUAUACCUGGCAACGCAAGCAUCCUGUUGGAGUUAUUCACAGAACUAAAUGGAAACCCACGCUGUGUGUGGACACCCUAGAAUCUACAGCCAGGGCAUAUCGACAGUGUUUAAGGAACCGACGACUUUGGAUCCCCGGGGACUCAACCAGUCGUCAAUUCAAGGCAUCCCUUCACGACACAUUUAACCUUCCACGUCCCUCUAAUGAUCUCAACCCUCAACUCUUGGAGGACAAGCAAGACAAUUUCUCAGUGGCAUGCAAGUGUCCGGAAAAGGGUCAAAUCGUUUUCAAGCGUAAAAUGGACGGAAAGACGAUGAGCCUCAUCAACAAAACAUAG